UUACCGGAUUCUGGCUUCGGAAAUCUACUGGCAAAACGUUUGGAUCGCAACGGCGUGAACGUCAUCGCAGGAUGUUUGACGUCAGAUGGUGCAGCAGCGUUACGUAAUGCGUGUUCACAGACGUUAAAGACGGUAGAGUUAGACGUAUCGAAAGAAACAAGCAUCAGACAGGCCAAGGAACGUGUCCUUAAACUUCUACCAGCUGGAAAAGGGCUGUGGGCGCUGGUCAACAACGCUGGCAUUUCGGGAACAGUCGGUCCUAUAGAAUGGCAAACCCAGGCGGACUACCGGUCGGUGAUUGAAAUAAAUCUUUUCGGUGUAAUAUUCGUGACGAAUGCUUUUCUGCCAUUGGUAAGACACGAACGAGGGCGUGUGGUCAACAUGGCGAGCAUCAUAGGACGGUUUGCUAUGGCAUGUGGGCCGUAUUCUGCGGCAAAAUAUGGAGUGGAGGGGUUCUCGGACCAGUUACGACGGGAGUUGUAUAAGACGGGUGUGACGGUACAUAUCAUCGAGCCAGGCUACUUUCAGACGGGAAUCGUCAGUGAGGAGAGAAUGAGAAAAGACAUUGAGACAAGAUUUCAGAAGUGUGAUAAGGAGCUCCAAGAGUACUAUGGUGAAACAUUCAAACUUGAAACUCAACAGAAAUUCUGCUCACUUUUGUCGCUGAUCAUGUCGCCAAAGAUUCACAAAGUAGUAGACGCUUAUGAUCAUGCCGUCCUGUCUAUGUUUCCUAAAAACAGAUAUGUCGUUGGGUUUGAUGCCAACAUUCUUUUCCGCAUCUUGUGGAAUCUCCCGGAAUGGCUGUCUGACUUUAUUGUCACAAGACCAAUGGCAACACCCGCUGGAGCCAAGAAAUAACUAAGUAGCUUAAUAAAUUACAUUUUAAAUCUAUCUUUUCUUUGAAUGCAUUCGUCAUUGAACCAAACUGUAUUCAAAAUAGAAUUAAAAGUUUUCCUUAUGUGCCCUACAUUAAUGCGGAUAGUGUUCUGUACAAAUUAUCACAGCUAUUACAGUUUUUGCCAGAGUAUAGAAUAUAAGGGGACACGUUGACAAAGGAUAAUACUCCAGUAAGUGACUAUCAAACACAGUUCAAAAUGGUAUAUACAAUGUUUAUGUCCCUCAGUCAAUACUGGGGGACAUUGUUUGUGCCCCGUCUGUUGGUUGGUUUGCGUCAAACGUCAACAUUGGCCAUAACGUUUGCAAUAUUGAAGAUAGCAACUUGAUAUUUAGCAUGCAUGUGUAUCUCAUAAAGUUGCACAAUUUGAGUGGUGAAAGGUCAAGGUCAAUGUCAUCAUUCAAGGUCAAAGGUCAAAUAUUUGAGUGGACCUGAUGUUUUUUACAUGAAAUUAUGCAGAUAUAUUUAACCGAUACCUGGACAUUGUAUUCAUGUGUUUAACCUUUCUGUAAUGAACAUGUCAUGUGUUUAAUGAUGCCUUAUUUUACACUAUAAAAAUCAUUACGUAACAUUAAAACGUAAUGUUAAAAAAACUGCUUGUGAGUAUAUAUGUGCAUGUUAUGUACUUGACUUUGUUUCUGAUUUUUAUAGACAUUUCCAUGAUUAUGUGUGUGGGGGGUUUUAUGUACAUAAAAUGACUUGGUUAAUAUUGACCUUUCCUUUCCUGUGCAGUGUUGAGUUGUUUUUUUUUCUUAAUUGAUUAUUAAGCACUGAUAGAUGCAGAACACUUGUUUUAUUAUUGAAUAAAUCUUGAAUUAAAACAUUAAUAUGCAUAUGCAAUUCAUAAUAUUAUUCUCUCGAUUGUGAGUUUCCUGUACCCAUUAAUUCAUGAUUGAAACUAACAACAACAGCUAGAAUAAUAUUACAAAUAUGAAAAUCCUUUUCUGCCUUCAGGAAAAACUAUUCAUGGUUAGAGGUGAAUUAUUGAAAUUAUUAUUGAAAUUAUCAGGAAAAUAAUUCCAUAUAUAUAUCUCACUUGCCUGACUAAGGAUGAUUUUGUAUGUUAAAAACACAUUUAGAAAUAUAGCUUCAAAGUAUCUAAUUUCACUGUUACCGGGGUAAUCAUAAUAAUUCAUCAUAAAUGUGAAAAUAAAUAACAGUAAAUGGUAAAAUACACUGACAAGUCACAUACCUGUUAACAUUAAAUAUUGAUUUAACAAAUGCCUUGCCUGCUUAUUAUUAUUAUUAUUGCCUUGGGUUUCCUUAUUCGUCUUUUGCGAAACAAUGUCUGGAGGUUGUUGAUUGAACCCAGCAAACAUUUGAGACGAACGUCUUUGUAAAAACAUAAUUUUAAAUUGUUUAGCUGAUUCUAUUCUAAGCCUUUUAUUUACGGAAAUGCGAUUUUCUGGCCGAAAUUUCCUUUUUUCCGUUGACAUUUCAAAAUAAAAAAGAGGAGAUUAUACGUGAUGCUUAUGAGCAAUCUCUUUUAAAACAAUCUUUCACCAGACAUCUUCGACAGUUAUGCAUGUUACAGAGCUUCAAUCUAUAUGUUCACCAGGUAUACGCACUUUUAUGAUGGCGUAGUACAACAAUGAAUAACUUUUUUACAGUUUGGCCAAAUAACAAUUCUUAAAUAAAAUAUCAGAUUAAAAAAAUAAAGUAUGCAUUAUGUUAUUAUAAACAAAAUAGCAUCAUAUCAUAGAAACCUUAUUUAAAAAAUAUGUAAUCGUUUAUUGUUAUCAAUCCAAUUCGAGGAAAAUAAUACAACUUUUAUCAAGAUUUUUAUAAAUAUCCAUAUCAAAAGACUGCGUGCUAAAUUUGUAUUUCUCUCGAUGCUGCUUCUUGAGGUAACCGUUUUGAACCUCAGGUACAUGUAAUGUCCCUUCUAAGAGUGAGGCAUUCAUAUUUCAAUUUAAUCAUUCAAGGAAUUAUUCGCGUUUCUUUACUUGCGGUAUUUUAGUAAAAGCUCUCUACUGGAGCCAUAUUUGCUACCCAACUCCAAAUUUGCACACUAAAUGUAUUCUUAUAAAAGCCGCGAUUUAAUAUUAAAUUUCUAUGUGAUAUUUAUUUUACUUCUGCUCAUAUCGGAUCGUCACUGACAUCGUAAUCCAUUUGCUUGUGAUUUGCUUUGCCCAAACGCCGAAAAGUAUAUAUGUCAAAAAACAUUUGUCCGCCAUACUGUUUACAGCCUGUAAGUUGUAUAUAAAAACGUGAUUGCUAACUGAACGCUUAUAGAAAAACAUUAAGCCGCGUCAACGAGGUUGAUUUAUGUCGUGAAACAUUUAUUAUCAUUUUAAUUAUUUAAUUAUGGUUAUCUUAAUAAAGCAACGUUUCAGCUUGUCUGAAAAAAAAGUCGUAAUUUGUGGUCUGUGUAAUAUAAGAAUUAAGUAAAGCUGUGUAACAUUUCAAUUUGGACGAGUCUCAAUAUUUUGUUGAACUGCACAUGCGUUAAUGAAGAGAUCUGUUAACGUUUUAUUACUGUAGCGUAGCUCAGAACUUAUCCUGGCCGCGACGAAAUUAACGAGGUGUAGCGUACUUCAAUUAAUAACGUGUUGCGUAAUUUACAAUAAAGGCAAUUAACACUUUAAUUUUACGGAUUGUUGAUUCAUUCGUAUAAGAACGUUUGAUGAAAUUUACCACAAUGUCAUAGAGUAAAACAACUUCAAUGUGUGUAACUGUUUGUUAUUCAAUACACAAUAAUUGUCUGCCAAAAAUAAUGUUGAUUGCAAGCUUUCUGCCGUAAGCCUAAAUGUUCAUAUAAAGUCAAUAACCAGUCAUGAAUAUAUGCUGAAAUCAUUUACACAGAAUUUAGCUGGCUUUAUAUACUGUAAAGUUAGACGGCUGUUGAUUGUAUAAUAAAGGCAAGUACUGCAUCUUAUGCAACAACAAUGUCUACGUAAAUACUGUGCAUGUUGAAUGUCGUAUGGUCAUACACAAAAGCACACAAUGUUACACAGAUACAUCUGCAAAUAAAAACUUUCGAUGAUAAA